GACGGGGCCGGGAUAGGGCGGACCGCGCGCGUCGGGAGGCAACGGAGAGGCCGGGAAGCGGCUUAGGAGCAUGGCGGGUGGCGAUCGGCUCCUCCCCAAAGGCUUCCCCAAGCUGAAGAAUGACACUUUCCUGCGUGCGGCGCGUGGGGAGCAGACGGAGCACACCCCGGUGUGGUGCAUGCGGCAGGCGGGGCGCUACCUGCCAGAGUUUCGGGAGACGCGGGCGUCACAGGAUUUCUUUGCCACUUGCCGGAGCCCCAAAUUGUGCUGUGAGCUGACACUGCAGCCACUAAGACGAUUCCCCCUGGAUGCUGCCAUCAUCUUCUCUGACAUCUUGGUGGUGCCCCAGGCACUGGGCAUGGAGGUUGUCAUGGUCCCUGGCAAAGGACCCACGUUCACAGAGCCCCUGAAGGAGGUGGAGGAUCUGCUGAAACUGCGACAGAAGGUGGAUGUCACGGCAGAGUUAGGUUACGUCUUCCAGGCCAUCACACUGACACGGCACAGCCUGGAGGGCAAGGUGCCGCUCAUCGGCUUCUCGGGGGCACCGUGGACACUCAUGUCCUACAUGAUUGAAGGUGGUGGCUCCACUACAAUGGCCAAGGCCAAGAGCUGGCUCUACCGUCACCCCGAGGCAAGCCACCGUCUGCUACGCCUGCUGGCUGAUGUCAUCAUCGACUACCUGGUGGGGCAGGUGGCUGCUGGCGCGCAGGCGCUCCAGCUGUUUGAGUCCCACGCAGGGCACCUGGGCCCGGAGCUGUUUCAGGACUUUGCCCUGCCUUACAUCCGGGACAUUGCCCAGGCUGUCAAGAGCAAGCUGAAGGAGGAGGCACUGCCCCUGGUGCCCAUGAUCAUCUUUGCCAAGGAUGCACACUACGCCCUGCGCGACCUGGCCCACGCCGGUUACGAGGUCGUCGGUCUCGACUGGACCAUCCGGCCCCAGGAAGCUCGUGCACAGAUAGGAAAAGAUGUCACCCUGCAAGGGAACCUGGAUCCGUGUGCUCUCUAUGCGCCCAAGGAGAAGAUUGGCGAGCUGGUGAAGAAGAUGCUGGAGAGUUUUGGGACCCAACGCUAUAUUGCCAACCUGGGCCACGGCCUCUACCCUGACAUGAACCCUGAACAUGUGGGUGCCUUUGUGGAAGCUGUGCAUGCUCAUUCCCGUCAUAUCAACAAGCACAGCUGAGCCUGGCGCCUUGGGGACAGGACUCUGGUUUGGGCACAGUCACCCAUGUUGUCACAGGGCUCACUCUAGGCUGGGCUGCAGCAUUAAACCAGGACUUCCUCUGCA